AUGAAUGCGGCAUGGCUACGAUGGAGAGAAGUCACCGGUGUUCUCUGCGGCAAAAAGAUGCUCAUGUACCUAAAAUCGAAAAUCUACCGGAUUGUGGUACAACCCAUCGCUCUCUAUGGUUCCGAACAUUGGCCAUCAACGAAAGCAGCCGAAUGGCUUCUCCAUUCCAUGGAGAUGCUUAUGGCUCACAUGACACUUGGUGUAUCCCUCCUAGACCAUAUCACCAAUGACACGAUACACCAACAAUUUGGCAUCGCACCCAUUGAGGCAAAAAUGAGAGAGAUGCCUGCGCUGGUUUGGCCACGUCUGACAAUCAGUCCCAGAUACAGUUUCCAACAUUGCUUACCACCUAGAGGUGAACGGCCGCCGGCCACACGGAAGAUCGAAGCAACGAUGGCAAGAUGCUAUCAAUGCAGACACCUAAGGGCCUUGCAUCUGAAUCCAGGCGAUACACUCGAUCGAACAAAGUGGCGUUUGAAGAUCCGAAUAACGAACCCUACAUCUGUGGGACAACGUUAA